AUGAACGACAUGCACACAUAUCUAGCGAUAUUCUUCCUAGUUGCCCUUGGUGCUGCCCAAAAUGUUACGCAUGACUACGUCAUCGUUGGUGCUGGUACCGCCGGACUGCUCUUGGCCGUGGUGCUCACAGAGAAUCCGAAUAUCUCUGUAAUGGUGCUAGAAGCUGGUGGCGAUGCCCGCAACACACCAAACGUGACAGAUCCAGAGCGUCGAGGUAAUAAGUCUGAUAUAAUCAUUCGUAUUGUCAAACUAAUACUCAUCGUCGAUCCAGGUACUAUACAACACACCGAGUACGACUGGGGUCUAGAGACCACGCUCCAGCCAUACCUCUACGACAAUGGCACCGGAGGGUCACAAUACGUGCCGCGCGGCAAGACCAUUGGCGGCACGUCGGCCAUGAACUGGAUGAUUCACAAUGAAGACAGUCAAGUGCAGCUCGACAUUUGGGAAACACUAUUGAACCUGACGGGUUGGAACUACACAUCCAUGUCCACCGCGUUCCGGCAGUCCGAGACCAUGUACGCUCCACCGGCAUACGAAGCACAAUAUCUCCCAUACGAUGCCUCGUACCACGGGGGCGCUGGGCCCAUUCAGUCUACUUUCCAGAGGAGUGUAUACACCCUUUACUCAAACUAUGUUCAGCCCAGCUUGGAAGCUAGUGGUUGGCCCCGAGCCCACGAUGGUAAUGAUGGAGACGCCCGCGGGCCUAAUUUUCUUCCACUGGCAAUUGAUCCAUCGAAUUACACGAGGUCCUUUGCGGGUUCUGUGUAUACGACGGUUCAACAGCGGCCCAACUUGCAAGUGCAGGUGAACAAAUACGUCACACAGAUCAUGUGGAACUCAACUAUAGGCAAUGUAACAGCUUCAGGAGUACAGUACAUUGACAUAGGCGGAACCAACUCAACUCAUGCAGCCUACGCGCGUCAUAUAAUCCUGAGUGCGGGUAUCAUCCAGUCACCACAGAUCCUUCAGCACAGCGGCGUCGGCGAUCCGCUCAUUCUCUCGCCUCUGGGCAUCAAGACGAUUGUCCACAACGAAAACGUCGGCACCUCGCUCCGCGAUCCCCCCAUGAUGAACUACCUGCCCAUCUCCUUCCAGCUCAACGAAAGUGCUGCCGAGGCGGCUAACCUGACCGGAAACCAGUAUAUUCAGAACCUCAUCGAUCUCGAGCCCGCGUCUAUUUCUCUCGCGCAAGAGGACUAUGACGCCGCAUCCGCCUGGCUCAACGAGACUGACUCGAUUCCAGGGCUCGCAGACGCUCAGUUUGCCAUCUUCAAGGAGCUGUGGUAUACAGAGCAGCCACUUUUGGAAUUUGCGUGGCAGUACCAAGUCGCCAACGUGACGCCGUACAAUCUCGUCCCGCUGAGCCAGGGGACGGUGCGCAUCAACAGCUCCAACCCGACGGACCCCCCGGCCAUCAACCCAAACUACAAUUCCGUCAAUGCCACCAUCAACGGUACCGAGGUAGCCUGGGACAUGUGGUUCCUCGCCAAGGCCGCACAGCAUUACACCGCCGUGCUGGCCACGGCGGAGCCCAUGGCCGGUCUCAUUACGGGCACGAUCCCCGAUUAUCGGCUGCCGUUUGACCAGUGGUACGACGCCGUGUUUCAGCAGACUGGCUCGUCUCAGCAUCUCACCGGCGGAAACCCGAUGCUGCCCCUAGAGGCGGGUGGCGCCGUCGACGCCAGCCUGUUGGUCUACGGGACGACCAACGUCCGAGUUGUCGACGGGAGCGUUUUCCCCUACCAGCCCAGUGCACAUCCCAUGGGCGUGACGUAUGCCUUGGCGGUACGAGCCGCGAGUAUUCUGCAGCAGCUUGAGGGCGGCGGCGGUCUGACGGAAACGACUCGGUUGCCGGUAAAGAAUGCUAGCAUGGCUGCAGUUGCCAUGUUUCCCGGAGACAAUCCUCAGUAG